AUGGACUUCCUCCAGGACUUGCCUGGGGGCUCUCCCCCUCUUACACGCGCCCACAAGGACCGCGACCUCGGAAACCUCCUCUACUCCUCUGAUUCGGACGAUAUGGCGACCAUCCGAGAGCCUGAAAGCAAGGUCGACAAGGACAAACUCGAUCCCGAAGUUCUCAAGAACUUGGAAAUGCACCAAGGCUUCAUGCGUCAAGCAAUCAAUGUCGCCGAAGAGGCUCUUGCCGGAGGUGAAACUCCAGUUGCCUGCGUCCUUGUCCACAAUGGCGAAGUCGUGGCUCGAGGCAUGAACGACACAAACCGGUCUCUCAACGGCACUCGGCAUGCAGAGUUCCUGGCCAUAUCUGAGUUUCUUGCCAAAUUCCCUGCCGACAAGCUCAAAGAGACCGAUCUCUACGUUACCGUUGAGCCUUGCAUCAUGUGCGCUUCAGCCCUCAGACAGUACGGGAUCCGAUGCGUCUACUUUGGAUGUGGAAAUGAUAGAUUUGGCGGAAAUGGCAGUGUUCUCGCAGUCAACUCUGACCGGGGUCUCGAGGAAGGUUAUCCAAGCUACGGAGGGAUAUUCAGGAAAGAAGCCAUCAUGUUGCUCCGUAGGUUCUACAUUCAAGAGAAUGAGAACGCACCAAACCCUCGUGCAAAGGGCAAUCGGGAAUUGAAGCCGGUGGUCUAG